AUUCGUCGUCGUCGUCAGCAAUAUUCUAUCGCGAAAAAACCUUCAGGAUACCAUCAUUUUCCCCUCGUCACCUUCGCUAGGAUAAAUAUACGUCGCGAUCGUAACCCACUCCGCAAAGCCUUGUCGCUCUCGGAAAUUGUGAUACAUCCGAAUACCAAAGUCGAUUGGAUACCACGCUGGUAUAGUACCAUGCUAACAAAAACAUCGCAUAAGCAGAUACCCAUCAAAGUACAGGUUCUAGUUAGCAAGAUGGCUAUCCAAGAAUUUCCGGUAGAGAUUACGAAGAUGGUCUUCGAACUCGUCAACAAACCCGAUCUACAAUCCCUCCGAUUGGUCUCAAAGGCCAUGAAAGUAAUAGCAUCAACAAUCCUCUUCCGUCGCGCAUACGCUUCGAUCUACUCAGGGGAUACUCAGGUCCUCCAAGCCAUAUCUCAACACCCGGAAUUACGCCAUUGCGUUCGUGAACUGGUUUAUUGCGGCACUACCCCAACGGAAAGCAUAUAUUAUUGCGAUGAUGAAGGGCUUACGCCCUCACCCCCUACCAACCUGCGUUUUAGAUUUAAACGCAUUGCAUGGAAGGAAGGGUUUGCGAAAUCUCUUAUCGACGCUAUGAGCAUGAUGCCACGGGUUCAAAAAGUCACGCUCACCAAUCAUAUAUGUUCAGAGUACUGCCCACUAGUUGCCAGGAGGGCCAAUCUAGAUACUCUACUUACACUGGGUAAACCAGCCUGGGCUCCGGAACCACCAGAACCGAUGUUCCCUCCUGAAGUGAAGGCCGUGAUCCUCCCAGUGAUGCAGUUUGACCUUGGCUUUAAGGUCAUGUGCGAAGUGAUAUCGAUUUCCGGACACCAAGUCACAGAGCUUUCAACUCACUUCGACCAUAACUUACAAGACACCGCAGGAAACCAGUCAACGACUUUCUGGGAGAAACAAGGAUUGGUGUUUGGCUCCCUCGUGACGUCGCCUCGUUAUUUCGAACAUACUUGCAAUACAUUUCGGCAAUUGCGCAAGAUUAAACUGGCUUUCGAACACGAUUUCGACAGGUUAGGAAUGGCAAACAAUCCGCGAUGUGUUUCCUUUCAAAGGAACCUAAUGAAAGCCCUCGCAGAAGCCAAGAAUUUAGAAGAGUUAGAGCUCGAAUUUCUGUUCAUGGAGAAUGACUUGGACGAGCUCGUGGGCUGUAUGAGCAAGCUCACAUGGCCCUUCCUACGAUCCUUGACGUUAAUCGACAUUGAAGUUGAUUUGAAAAAAUUGGUAGCGAUUUUGGCGAACCACUCUAAGACCCUUCGAUCCCUGAAUCUCCGAGGAAUCAGCCUUUCUCAUGGCAAUUGGAAGGAGGCCGCGAAUGAGUUCAACAAAUUAAGAUUACCGAGAAUAGAGUCGGUUAGUUUCAGUUGGCUAGGCUGUCACCACAAGGAAGAGAGUACCAUCUACAUUAGCCGAGACUCUUACAAGCCGCAGUUUGGUAUCAAAGGAGUCUGCGGGCCCAAUUAUGGCCCAUUGCUUGAAGAUGAAUAUUACGCAGAGGAUCAAGAGAACGAAGAACAUGAGACGGAUGGAGGAGGCAAGGGACAUGGCAUGGACGACGGGAAGAAAACGAAAGUCCUUAACCCCUUCGUCAAUUGGUUGGAACUUGAAAAAUCUUUCUUCCAAAGAGAAUGGGGUCAGAUUAUGAUACCUGUCCCUGUUUGGGUACUUGUGCCAUCAUUAGUCGACAGUCUGGAACCUUUUUACAACAGGAAUGAAAUCUAAGGCUGGCUAGUUAUACCACCCAUAUAUACCUACCUAAGUCGAUAGAAUGACCAUGGGACCUAGGGGGAUGUGGAACGGGAACAUUAUGAAGCUAUCCAUAUAAUUACCGAGGUACCUAGGCGCGUGUGAU